AUGCGGCUUAUUCGGCAACUCGGCAGCCUCGUCUACAAGAACCUCCUCGUUUCCAUCGCAAGGCGGCCGCUCGGCUUCCUCAUCUCCGUCUACGUAAUCCCACUGGCCAUACUCGCGCUUCUCCUCGCCAUCCCGUCCUUCCUCCCGCAGCUCAAUACCUUUGGCGUGUCCAGCGCGGAGCCCGUCAAGUCGCUUGCCUCUACCGUCACCCGCAAGCUCGUCAUCGUCAAGCGGCCCGAUGUCGGGAAGGACGUUGAUGCCGUCAUCGGCGCAUUUACCCAGCCCGUCCGAAGGGAUCUCUUGGUCUUCCACGACGACGAGGCGUCGCUGCAGUCCGUGUGCCUCCCCAACACGCGCGGCGUCAGCGACUGCCACGCCAUUGUCAUCUUCAAGGACUCUCCCCUGACCACGUCCGAGGCGCGGCUUGCCGAUGCUCCCAAGGGCAAGGGCAAUCGCAAUCACACAUGGACAUAUACGAUACAGGCCGAUCCCGCGCGGGACAACCAGGUGUUCGACGUCAAGAACCACAGAAGCGACCAGGAAGACUUGUACAUGCCGCUGCAGCUCGCCAUCAACAACGCCAUUAGCAACUCGACGACGGUGCCCGACACGGUCAUGUUCACGCCGCAGGAGCAGGCGAGCGAAGACCAAAAGAACUUCAACUCCAAGGCGGCGAUCGUCGGCCGAAUCUACGCCUUUGCGCUCAUCACGGCCCACUUCACCAUCAUAUACCGCCUCGCGAGCUUCAUCACGUCGGAGCGAGACUCGGGCAUGUCCCAGCUCAUCGACUCCAUGGGCGGCGGAACCGCCAUCGUCUCCCGCGUCCUCAGCUGGCUGCUCACGCUCGACCUGGUUGCCCUGCCGUGCUACAUUGGCAUGGGCGCCCUGUACCAGCGCCUGGCGUUUCCGAGCUCGAGCGCCAGCGUCCUCAUCGGCUGGCAAAUCCUCCUCGGCUUUGCCGUCAACAGCUCGACGGCCUUUGCCUCGGCCUUUUUCUCCAAGUCGCGCGUCUCGGCCGUCUACAUCAUGUUUGCGUUCCUGGUGCUGUCGAUUGCGGCGCAAAUGUACGCUUCCGAGUCCCGGCCGCACCCGGGCCAUUCCACCGUCGCCGUGCUCUCCUUCCUCUUCCCCAGCUCCAACAACGUCUACUUCACGCAGCAAAUGUCCCUGUGGCAGUUGGCCGGCCUCCCCGCGGACCUGGCCACGAUGCCCGUCGAGAGCGCCGGGCUCUUCUCCACGUCGUAUGCCGUCAGCCAGAGCAACCUCCUGCUGUUCCUCGCCCUCGACAUCUUCUUGUACGCGGCGGCGGCGAUCGGGGUCGAGAAGACCCUGCACGGCAUCCACUACCGAAAGAGGCGCUUCACGGCGGCAGCGUCGACGGGCGCCGUCGUGCAGGCUCGCGAGUUGAGGAAGCGGUUCAAGCCCAGCCUGCUCUCGCGCAUCUGCUGCUGCUGCUGCUUUUGCGGCAGGAAGAGGACGGUCGCGGCCGUGGACGGCAUCAGUUUCGAGGCCCAAAGGGGCCAGAUCAUGUGCAUGGUUGGGCCCAACGGGUCGGGAAAGACGACAACCCUUCACCUGCUGUCCGGCUUCCUCAACCCGACGGCAGGAUCCGUCUCGCUCGAGGCGGCGCCCUCGCAGGUGGGCAUUUGCCCGCAGCGCAACACGCUGUGGGAUGACCUGAGCGUCGAGGAGCACGUCCGCAUCUGGAACGGCAUCAAGUCGGGCCGGCGGACGAGCGAGGAGCUCGAGCUGCUCGUCUCGCAGUGUGACCUCUCGCCCAAGCGCGGCUUCAAGGCCAAAGAGCUCAGCGGCGGCCAGAAGCGCAAGCUGCAGCUGGCCUGCAUGUUUGUCGGCGACUCGUCCGUCUGCCUGAUCGACGAGUGCACGUCGGGCCUGGAUCCCCUGUCGCGGAGGGCCAUCUGGGAGAUUCUCCUUCAGCAGCGUGCCAGGCGCAGCAUCAUCUUCACCACGCACUUCCUGGACGAGGUCGACAUCCUCGCCGACCACAUUGUCCUCCUGGCCGGCGGCAAGAUCAGGUGCCAGGGCGCGCCGGCCCAGCUCAAGACGCAGCACGGGGGCGGGUAUAGAGUCCUCGUUCCGCCGUCCGCGCCGCCUCUCGAUCAUCGCUACCCUUCCACGACGCACCAGGACAAGGUCGUCUACGCCGUCCCGGACUCGGCGGCGGCCUCCCGCAUCAUGUCCACGUACCUGGACGCGGGCGUGCGCGACGUGACCAUCUCGGGGCCGCAGUUCGAGGACGUCUUUCUCAACCUCCUCCAGGACGACCUGGCCCUUGCCCCGGCCAAGGGCUCCGCGCAUGUCGACCCGUCCUUUGUCAUGAGCCCGGGCAGGACCACGUCGUCGUGGACGCAAUUUUGGGUCCUGUACGGCAAGCGCUGGAACGUCAUGACCAGGUUCUGGAGCCCCUACCUGUUCGCCUUGGUGGUGCCUCUGGCCAUUACCUUCCUCGCCGGCGGCAUGAUCAAGGACUACAGCCCGCCAGGCUGCGAUGCUCUUCAGGACAGCUCCAGCCUGCAAGUUCCCGGGCUCGAGUGGGCCGACUCGUGCCCUCAGUCCGGCGCCUGCGACCGGCUUUCCAUUGCGCCCAGCCAGGCCAACGCCACGCUCUUCAGCUUGGUCAAGGGCGGCUACCGGGGCGUCUCCAACGUGAGCGUCAAGGGAUACGGCGAGUUUGUCCGCGUGCAGGGAUCGCGAGACGACAUCCUGAGGCAGAUAGAGCAGAACAAGACGGCCGCCGGCUACGGCGGCGUCUUUGCCGGCACCCCCACGGAAGCGCCCAUGAUUGCCUACCGCAUGUCAUCGUGGGGCGGUCAGUCGGGCUCCCAGCUGCUCGAUGUCUGGAGCCAGAUGCAGGCCGGGCUCGAAAUCAACUCGUCCCAGGAGGCCAUGCCCAAGAGUCGCAGGGCUGCCGACCAAGGCGGAAUCGCCUACCUGCUGUUCUUUUCCCUCGUCCAGAUCUUCUACCCUGCGAGUUUUGUUCUAUACCCGGCCAUUGAGAAGUCCCGCAAGGUCCGGGCCGUGCAGUAUGCAAACGGCGUCCGGCGGGCGCCUCUGUGGGCCGCCUACGCCGCCUUUGACCUCCUGUGGAUUCUCAUAAUCUCGGCUGGGGUCGUGGGCUUGAGCUCCAUGAGGCUCAAGUUCAACGGCCCCAUACUCAUUCUUUUGCCAAUCCUGGCCUUGUACGGCCUCGCGGCCACGCUGAUGGGCUAUGUCGUCGCGCACUUCACCGACGGCCCCCUCAAAUCAUACCUGGCAACGCUUGGGAUUGGCUUUCUGUCGUGGAUCGUACUGGCGAUUUCGACCCUGGUCAACGGCAGUGCGUCGAAUCUGGCGGCCCUCGCAUUCGGGGCUGAUCUCUUCCUCCCCAUUGGAAACAUCUUCAGGACGCUUCUCAUCGGCCUCAACCUGAUGGAAGCGGGAUGCAAAAACGGCAAGCCCGUAGAGGUCGGGACCAUGGACGGCUUUGGCGGUCCCCUGCUGUACCUCUGUCUGCAGAUAUUGGCGCUCCUCAUCAUCAUUACGUGGUUGGAGGGCGGCCUCCCAGCCCUCCGUUCGUUGGUGUCGAGCCGCGCCCCGAGCCCACAUAGAUUCUCAGACGUAGAGCUGGCCAACAUGUCCUCAUACGAGGCGCGGCUCGGAAGCGACCCCGUAUCCAGGGAGGUGUCGCGCGCGGAGAAGACGAACACGGACCUCCUGCGAGUGCUGCACACCAGCAAAAGCUUCGGCACCAACACGGCCGUGGAGGAUGUCACCUUUGGCCUGCCUCGGAGCGACGUCAUGGCCCUGUUGGGUCCCAACGGAGCCGGCAAGUCCACCUUGGUCAACAUGAUACAGGGAGAAUUGCCGCCCAGCCGGGGAAAGGUGCUGCUCUGCCAGGAGGACGGCAGAUCUCCGUCGUCGAGGCGACACUUGGGAGUCUGCCCUCAAUAUGACGCGCCGGACCUGAUGAACACACGGGAUCACUUGUACUUUUACGCCCGUAUCAAGGGGAUCCAAAAGGUGAAGCAAAACGUCGACUACCUCAUGGCCAAGCUCGACCUCGCGCGCCACGCGCGGACCCAGGCGUCCAAGCUCUCGGGGGGCAAUAAAAGAAAGCUCAUGCUGGCGGUGGCCCUCAUGGGCACGCCGUCCAUCCUGGUGCUGGACGAGCCAACGUCGGCCAUGGACGCAGUGGCAAAGCGGCAGUUCUGGAAGGUCAUUCGAGAGAUUGCCAAGGACCGCUCCGUGCUUCUUACGACUCACAGCAUGGAGGAGGCCGACGCGCUUUGCACGCGCACCCUCAUCAUGGCCCGGCGCAUCCUGGCCAUCGGGACCACGCAGGCGCUGCGCCAGCGCUACAGCAACGAAUACUACGUGAGCAUGGUGCUUGCGUCGGCGCCCAAGUCGUCCCCAGGCGAGAUGAGUCUGGUGACGGAGUGGGUGAGGCGCGCCGUGCCGCACGCCCGCUUCGACCGCGAGGUGCUGGGCGGCCAGAUCCGCUUCACGCUGCCGGCGGACAAUGGCCAAUCCGGCGGCGGGACGUCGAUUGCAGAGCUCAUCGAGACGCUGGAGCAGAGCAAGCACGUCAUCGGCAUAGCGCACUACUCCGUCAGCGGGCCGACCCUCGAAGACGUCUUCUUGAGCGUCGUCAGGGAGAACAAUGUCGAGGAGGAGAGCGGCGCGGAGAGCAAGGGGCCGCGCGGCCGGGCGGAGAGCAAGGGGCCGCGCGGCCGGGCGGAGAGCAAGGGGCCGCGCGGCCGGGCGGAGAGCAAGGGGCCGCGCGGCCGGGCGGAGAGCAAGGGGCCGCGCGGCCGGGCGGAGAGCAAGGGGCCGCGCGGCCGGGCGGAGAGCAAGGGGCCGCGCGGCCGGGCGGAGAGCAAGGGGCCGCGCGGCCGGGCGGAGAGCAAGGGGCCGCGCGGCCGGGCGGAGAGCAAGGGGCCGCGCGGCCGGGCGGAGAGCAAGGGGCCGCGCGGCCGGGCGGAGAGCAAGGGGCCGCGCGGCCGGGCGGAGAGCAAGGGGCCGCGCGGCCGGGCGGAGAGCAAGGGGCCGCGCGGCCGGGCGGAGAGCAAGGGGCCGCGCGGCCGGGCGGAGAGCAAGGGGCCGCGCGGCCGGGCGGAGAGCAAGGGGCCGCGCGGCCGGGCGGAGAGCAAGGGGCCGCGCGGCCGGGCGGAGAGCAAGGGGCCGCGCGGCCGGGCGGAGAGCAAGGGGCCGCGCGGCCGGGCGGAGAUGGCGUUUAGAAGGCGAGGCGAUGAGCAACUAUACGAUGGGGGAUACAAGCUACACUACUGCACUGCAGACCUGGUGCGGCGUCGGGACGGCUCCGGUGGGAGUAGCAAGUACACGGGUGCAUCUGAGAAAGACACCAAGGAUACAAGGAGACCUGCACGGGCAAUGAAUGCCAAACGCGUCUGUGGCGUCUUGGAAUCCCAAACGAACCCCAAGCAGCUCUGA